CACCGACCAGCGACAGCCACGCACGCUCUUGCUGUGACAGCUCAGGCUACGCACCGGUGCGAGAGCCUUCGGUGGACUGUUUCAAUCACAUGGACCUUCUCCUGGACGUCUUAGGUCCCGUCGUCUUGCAGAGACGGCCAGUGGCUGCCGAUGGGCGGGCUGCCACGGCAGACGGGUACAUCCCCCGAGGUGGCGGCGGCCACAGCACUACUACCCGCAGCGCACACGGACGCGAGAGCGACCACAGCAGCGAGAGCUUAGGGCCGGUGCUGUUAGAGGCCACCCUCCGCGUGGCGCUCUUUGCCGGCUGUGUGUAUACCAGCGUCAGGUUUACGCAGUUCCUGGGGAAGCUCAAGGAGCGGGAGGAUCAGGCAGCAACGAGGAUUUUUCUCAAGGCUAAGCUGCCCUCGCGGGUUGACAUCGAGAUGGACAGGCUUCAUUUCAACUCGCACGAGAUGGCCGUCGCUCAGGACAUCGUCGCGUCGAGUGACCUCGAAACGACAUUUGAUAUGAUCGGGGGGCUUGGAGACCUGAGAGACGAGAUCAUGGAUAUUGUGACCCUGGCGUGCUCGAGAGAAGCACAGCUGCAGGGGGUAGGCGCGCCGCGAGGCAUUCUCUUGAGCGGAGUGCCGGGAACCGGGAAAACGAUGCUUGCCCGGGCCAUCGCCAAGGAGUCGGGUGCGACGUUCAUCAAUGUGCGCAUGGGGGCGGUGCAGCAGAAGUGGGUCGGGGAGGGCGAGAAGAUGGUCUCAGCUAUUUUCAGCUUGGCCAACAAGCUUGCUCCGUCUAUUAUCUUCAUCGACGAAAUCGACUGCUUCAUGAGGACCCGCAACGUCUUGGAGCAGGACCAUGUUGUACGGGUGAAGACGGAGUUCAUGACGCUGUGGGAUGGCCUCCUGACAGAACGAUCCCGUCCGGUAAUGGUCCUGGGCACCACGAACCGACCGCUCGAGAUCGACCCCGCCAUUCUACGGAGGCUUCCCAGGCAGUUCGUCGUCGGCCUGCCCGAGACCGCGGACCAGCGGGAGCAGAUCCUCCAGCUUAUCGCCAGGAGGUACAGGCUCUCGGACGGUGUGGACUUGGGCUGGGUUGCGGCGCAAACCGAGGGAUUCUCCGGGAGCGAUCUGGACGCGUUGUUCCAGGCGGCCCAAACGGUACCCGCUCGGGAGUUUGCCCGCGCUCUUCGGGAGAACGCGCGAGAGGAGCGCACGCAGGCGCAGGCCCGCGCUGACGCGGCGGCGGCGGCGGCGGCAGCAGCGGCGGAGGCAGAAGAGGCUACCGCGCGACGCGAGCACAGCAGUCGAACAACGCCCGCCGCGAAUCUUGACGCGGCCGCCGUGCUCCGAGAGACGGUGGUGGAUCUAGGCAGAAGGACCAUGGGGGCGGCGAGGAAUGUGGGGAGGAUGGCGGCGGCGGCGGCCGAGGGCCACCCGCAAGGGGACGCCAUCUUGAGGGCCAUCCUGGGGCCGGCACGGCCAUCGGCGGAGGAGGGGGGGGGCACGAGACCGGCGCUGCAGAUGCGGGGGAUCUCGCAGGAUGACUUCCGCGCGGCGCUGGACAACGCGAAGCAGCAGCAGCCUUUGUAG